GCAUCACAGCAUCACGACCAUCACAUCAAUCAGAAAACAACGUUGACUUCAAAAAUAUCAAAAUGAACGGCUGGUAUUUAAUUGGAAAUUUUAAUUAUCACAGUAUGCUUAACUUAACUAAGCUGAAGAAGAAGAAGAAGAAGGCGGAGAAAUUGAAGUACCUUUUUCGCCGCGAAACGACGGACGGUCGCCGGAGUGGGUGAAACGACUACUUUUUCGCCGGGAAACGACGCCGGAGAAUCUGGAAAGAUAACUUUAUCGCCGGAGAAGUUGAAACAACUACUGUUUCAUCUUAAAACGACGACGGAGAAGUAGCUGAAGCUAAUACUUUUUCGCCCUGAAACGACGACGGAGAAGUAGCUGAAACAACUACUUUUUCGCCGUGAAAAGACGCCGGAGAAGCUGAAAAGAUAACUUUAUCGCCGGAGAAGUAGCAGAAACAGCUCCUUUUUCACCGUGAAAAGAAGCUGGAGAAGUUGAGACAAGAAUUUCAUCGCCACAAAAACGACGCCGGAGAAUCUGUAAGGACAAGUUAUCGACGUUAAAUAACGCCGGAGAAUCUGAAACGACAACUUUAAAACGAAGCCGGAGAAGCUGAAAUAACUACUAUCUCUCCGUGAAAAGACGCCGGAAAAGCUGAAACAACUUGCUCCUCGUGAAACGACGCCGGAGAAUCAGCUGAUACAACAGCUUUCUCGCCAGAGAAUCAGCAGAAACAACAAUUUCCUCACGGUGAUACGACGCCUUAGAAGUAGCUGCAUCAACAAUUUUUUUUCCCUUUCCGUAGAAGCAGCUGAAACUACAACUUUAUCACCGCGAAAAACACCUCGUAGAAGCAGCUUGAACUACAACUUGCUCGGUGUGAAACAACUCCAGAGCUGCCGCAGCUGAAACUACAACUUUCUCGCAGUGAAACUACGCCGUAGAAGCAACUGAAACAACAGCUUUCUCACCGGAGAAGCAGCUGAGACAACGCCGUUUUGCUCAUUUUACGUUCUAUUUCCAGUUCCGGUUUGAAUCACUCACUUCAGUUGGCAAACUAUGGAGUUUCCAUUGAUAGCUCGAUGUGCAAAUACUCCAUCGACGACGUCGUUUUUGGGAAAUAAAUCGAAUUUAUCCUAUUAUCGAAUUAGGAAUAAUAGAAGGAAUUGUAAGGAGAAGUUAUCGGUACUGAGAGUUAAAGCAAUGGCGCCAGAGAAGUCAAGGACAAGUGAAGCAGCAUCAGUGGAAAUUAGGGAGAGAGAAAGUGGAGGGUACACAGGGCCUACAAUGGAGGUGACUACAUUCAAUCAGAGCUUCAGUGAUGCACAGUUGCCAGUUUGGGAGAAAAUUGGUGCUGUUGUUAGACUCAGUUAUGGAAUUGGCAUCUAUGGAGCGAUGGCUUUAGCCGGAAAAUUCAUAUGCUCAAUAUCUGGAAUCGACUGCACAGGAGGCUUCAGUCCAUCAUUAGAUGCCAUUGUUGAAGGACUAGGAUAUGCAGCUCCACCCAUUAUGGCUCUUCUAUUUAUACUAGAUGAUGAAGUUGUGAAGCUAUCUCCUUAUGCUCGAGCAAUCAGGGAUGUUGAGGAUGAAGAGCUACGAAACUUCUUUUACGGAAUGGCACCUUGGCAGUUCAUUCUGAUUGUUGCUGCAAGUUCUGUUGGAGAGGAACUUUUCUACCGUGCUGCUGUUCAGGGAGCUUUGGCUGACAUUUUCUUAAGGAGCACUGAUUUGGUGACUGAUACUCGAGGGAUGGCAUCACUGACUGGUGUUUUGCCACCUUAUGUACCAUUUGCUCAAGCAUUUGCAGCUGUAAUGACAGCAGCUCUCACCGGUUCUCUAUAUUAUAUGGCUGCUUCUCCAAAAGAUCCCACCUAUGUUGUUGCACCAGUGCUGAAGUCACGUUCAGGUCGUGAAGAUCUGAAAAAACUCUUUGCAGCUUGGUACAAGAGGCGGCAGAUGAAGAAGAUUUACUCUCCUCUGCUAGAAGCAAUAUUAGCCCUUUACCUUGGGUUUGAAUGGAUCCAGACGAACAACAUUCUUGCACCUAUAAUCACGCACGGGAUAUACUCUGCUGUAAUUCUCGGACAUGGACUCUGGAAAAUCCACGAUCAUCGCAGAAGGCUACAUCAGAGAAUCCAACUACUUAAACAAGAAGGCAAGAAUUCUAAGUAACUUUAUAAGUAUCUACAAUAUACUGAGAGAGAAUAAUUAGUGUCGUAUGCAGGAUUUUUCGGAAAUGUACUUUGGGAGAGGUCAUAAAAUACUGUAUAACAUCUAUAUGUAAAUUAAUACGUGAGAAUAAUAAUAUACGUGCAUGGCUACAAAGUCAUUUGUAUAUACAUUAGGCUAGCAAAUAUAGGUGUUAGAAUUAUACCUUUUGUAAUAUAAUGAGAAAGUUCCGCAACUUUUGGCACAUGUUCAAUGAAAUUCAUACGUGGGUUUUGGAGA